AAAUAUAUCUACUUAAUAAUAUAAAUAAUAGUAACAAUUAUUUAAAAAGUGAAGAAAUAUAAUUUGAAGAGCGAAUUCAACAGAAAUCUCUGCAACGUCGUUGGAUUUAAACUAUUUAAAUGGAAAUCAUUCCAGAAGGAAGACAUUUUCGUUUGGUGCAAGAAUCUGAGCUACCUGGAAUAUUGGAGCAUUUGGAAAAAUAUUUACCAGAGUCGUUAAAGUUUCAUCAAACUAUUCAAACGUACCUGAAUGACCGUGUUUGGGACUUCCAUUUCUAUGUUUCGAAGGAUUGGCCAGAGAAGCCUAUAAUAUUACAUUUUCCAGGAUGUACACUAACUCCCAACAACAAUAUCUACCAAAGUUUCGGAAUAUUUUGUCCGUCUGGAGUAAUAGAACAUGUCGAUUUAAUGCGCACCGAGGAUGUGCUAAUAGAUUGGCAAAAGCCUUUGUACCUGAAUUUUACACAUAUUGCUAUCAUGAAUCGGCUGGAUGAUUUUUACUGUAAGUUUGGUGUUAUGGAAAGGCUCGAAGGCGAUAUAUAUGUUUGUAAUAAAUUGAAUACGGACUUAGAAUUUGAAGAUUUACCCGAUGAUGCUAUAAUGCGCCCAUUAACAUUAGAUGAUGUUGAAGGUAUACAUGACUUAUAUCCGGCCAGUGAAAUUGAAUGCGUUGAAGUUUUUGAAAUAUUAGUUCGUGUAUUGCCUGGUUUGGGUAUAUUUCGUAAGGAUACUAAUGAACUAGCCGCUUGGAUGGUACACUCUUAUUAUGGGGCAAUGUUUUCAAUGCAAACACGUCCCGAUUAUAGACGCAAGGGUUACGGUAUACGCUUAGCUACUGCUCUAACAAAGCUUGUGAUUGAACGUGGUUAUACACCAUUUGUUGUCAUACGUCCUCAAAAUGAUGCUUCCCGAAAUCUUUAUACAAAACUAGGUUUUGAGAAAGCCUAUGAAACUUGCCGUGUCAAAAUGACUCCCAACUUGGAAACUAAUGGGACUAAAAUAACAAAUGGUGAAUCGGAGAAAACCGAUGAAAAUGAAACAGUUGCAGUUCCAAUAAUAAAAAAUGAUGAGUUGGGAUGUAAUGAUAAAGACAUCGAAGCUAUAUUUACUGAAAAAUGUGAUAUCGGCAAAGAAACUAUAAUAACAAUCGAUGCAAAUACUAAAACCGACCAAGAGCAAGAAGAAGAUGAAAUAAACUAAUGCAUAGGGGAGAGGUGUGAUUUUUAUUAAAUGAAUAAGAUAGCCAUGGGAGAGGGAGGGAGAACUGAACAGAGUAACUAAUUAUGAAGUUUAAUUUAUAAAUUUAAUAAAAUCACUUUAUUUAACUAUGCUAAACACGCAUAUAAAAAAUGAAAUAUUAUAUAGAUUAUAAAAAGUAUAUACAAUACGUCGCAUAAAAAAUUGAUGGCAAAUAACUUUAUUUAGUAUAGCAGUUACAGCAACUGAAAUCAAUAUAAACAAAUAUAUAUAGAAAAAAAAAACAAUAUUGGUGGUUUAUUAAAAAUGCUGUAAAAAAUUCGAUGUACGAAAAAUAUAUAUUUUUUUCUUACUCAAAUAUGUAAAACUUUCUUUGGAACUGAAACUGGCACAGGACGGCUUUUAUAAAAGAUUUAAUUAUUAUAAUUAAAAACUUGUUUAAUUAAAAAAAUUAAUAAUAAAACAUAGACAUGAAAAAAAUAUUUUCUUAUAAGACAUCAAAGUUUUAUAGUAGACCACGCAGCUGAACUUUUAAAAUAUUAUUAUAAAUUAUAUAAAAACACUGUAUUGAAUAAUAAA